AUGAAAGAAGCCAAAGAAAUCUUGGAGCAAUUCGAGCUCGAAGUUCGAGAAAUACCCAAAGAGAGUCGACAGAAGUAUCAAAGCAAAUUGAAGGCGUAUCAAGGAGAAAUGAAGAAGGUAGAAGGAGAGUUCCAAUCUGCCAUGGACACAGUGCAGCAAAUCAAAUCUCGGCAUGAGUUGAUCGGGGCUACUGUGGCGGCCGAAAUGUACGACGACACGGAAAACUCGGCGCUGCUUGAAAGUGUAGAUCGCAUCGAACGAGGCACGAGGCGGCUUCAAGAGGCAAACAGAGUUGCUAUUGAGUCCGAACAGAUUGGAGCUGACAUUCUCAGCAACUUGCAAAAAGACAGAGAGACCAUCAACCGCACAAGAGCUCGUGUUAGGGAUACAGAGUUCAAUCUUGGCGAAUCUUCGCGUAUUCUCAGCGGCAUGAUCAGGAGAGCUCUUCAAAAUCGUGUGAUUCUUUAUUCUAUUGUCGCCGGGCUCGUCUUCUUUAUUUUGCUCACGAUUUAUAUCAAACUGCGCUGA